AUGUCGAUUCCUUCAGGCAGAUCGUUGGCCGGACGGCCGGAUACCAAGAGGAGGCAAGACGACUCCUGCCAAACUGUGCAGUUCCGGACUGAGCGUGUGUGGGGAGGUCACGACUCCGGCCAAACUGUGCAGUUCCGGUCUCAAGGCUCGGCCUUCAGUCCGGGACGGAACGUGUAUGUGACGUCAGCGUGGUGGCCCAGCCAGUGGCAGUAUAUAUACAGGCCACGCAGACCUCUUCUGUGCCUCACUACAGCCAUGGUGUCCUCAGUGGUCGUGUUGGUUCUAGCGGUCUGCUCCUCCGUUAUCGCUUAUGACUUCCAAGAUUCCAACUUCAAUGAAAUACUAGCGGAUCAACUAGAGGACCUGGAUCUUGCUUUCUCCUUUAGACAACGCCGUGGAAUCUCGUCGGAAUCUUCAGCCAAUCCUUCUGAUAAGCUGUUUAAGUGCAAGCACCACUAUGGAAAGUCUUGUUGCGGCACUGGCAAGUGGAUGAAACAUUUUGCUCCUGGCAUAGAAGACUCUGUCAGGGAGGCUUACGGGGAGUGCUACAAAGAUUUCCAGCAAAGACUGAACGCCAGCGAAGCCAAUGCUGAAGUCUCAUUUUUCUCCUGCGAAAGCGCCAACCAGAUGAAGAUGAAAGUUAUUUGUACUGCUGAAUGCAUCGCAAAGAAAGCUGACUUGAUCAACGAAGACGGAGUUGUGAAUACGGACAAAGCAAUCAGCCACAUGGACAAGAUAGAGUAUGAAGAUUGGCAGAAACCUAUCGUAGUGGACGCCAUCACCAAGUGUGCACCGCUGGUCAAGACUGAGAAAGUUUCCACUCCCCACACUGGUGAUAUUUCAUGCAGCCUGGCAAUGAUAAGUUUCCAGCAUUGUGUAUUUGUCGAGAGUGAAAAGAACUGCCCGGAAAAUCAGAAGAAGACUGACGAGAAAUGCAAGAGACAUUUUGAGAAAUACGAAUCCAUGAAGCCAAAUGACAUAGGAAAAAUCUAGUAGUUAUUGUUUUUGAAAGAAGUGUAGUAUUAUAGAUUAGUAUUAAAACAUAUCAU